AUGCACGGAGUCGGUUUCGUAGUGAUUGGGGAUCAGAAGAACCGAGUCAUCAAGUGGAAGGUGGUAAAUGACCGGAUCUGCGUGUUGAGAAUAAAGGGCAAAUUCUUCAACUACAGCCUGAUCAACAUCUACGCGCCGACGAACGACAAGCCCGAUGAUGAUGAAGACGCUUUCUACGAGCGCCUCGACAAGACCUAUGGAGAGUGCCCAAGACACGACGUGAAGAUAGGCAUCGGAGACGCAAACGCGCAGGUCGGAAGGAAAGCCUUCUUCCAUCCUGUCAUCGGCAAGGAGAGCCUUUAUCCUCGCACGAAUGACAACGGCCUACGUUUGGAACAUUGGCGCUACCCGAAUGGCGAAUCGUGCACCCAAAUCGAUUACGUUUUGGUAGAUGGUCGACACUUCUCGGACGUGAUGGACGUCCAAUCGUACAGAGGACCGAACAUCGACUCUGAUCACUUCUUGGUAGCGUGCAAGAUCCGAGCUAGGCUGUCGAACGUGUUGACCCCGCGGACUGCGAGGAUAGCGCGGUUGAACGUCCAGCGCCUCGCUAGCAGCGACGUUGCUGCAGAGUACAGUCGGAAGCUCGACGAGCGGAUCAACGAGGACGCGCCUACGGCAUCCACAUUCUUCAUGGCUUGGUCGCUAACGUCUUGCCGCCGGUGCUCAAUCAGCAUUGACAAGAAGCGGGCCAUCAGCGACAGGGAGCGCUGUUCCUUAGCUGGCGGCGGCUGCGUAGAUAGCGUCCCGGCGGUUGAUAAUCUGGAUCCUUGCACGACCAGCAGCAGGGACUACUGUAACGUCGUUGAAACUACCUCGUAG